AUGCAUGAAAUUAUAACAUUACAGCUGGGCCAGCGAAGUAACUACCUCGCAACGCAUUUCUGGAAUGUUCAGGAAUCCUAUUUCACAUAUUCCGAAAAUGAAGUGUCACCUAUCGACCAUGAUAUCAGUUUCCGACCAGGGAUAGGGGCUGAUGGGUCGGAAACCUUCACCCCUCGAACAAUCAUCUAUGAUCUCAAAGGCGGUUUUGGUUCUCUUCGACAAUAUAACAGUCUUUAUGAAGCUGAAACGGAGGUUGGGAUGCCGAGAGGUUUAUGGGAUGGCAACGAAGUCAUCCAGCGCCAGACAGUCAUCCCAGCAAAUGAAUAUCAGAAAAGCCUUGAGCUCGGCCUUCCGCUUCCCAAACUCACGUCGGAGUCCGUCCGGUACUGGUCUGAUUUCAAUCGAUUGUUUUAUCAUCCAAAAUCCAUUGUCCAACUGAACGAGUAUGAUCUCAAUUCCCAACUGUUGCCGUUCGAAGACUGGUCAGUUGGCGAAUCCCUUUUCAAUAGCCUGGACCGGGAACAUGAUCUUUUGGACCGUGACUUUAGGACUUUUGCAGAAGAAUGCGAUCAAUUGCGAGGAAUUCAGCUGUUCACCGGAGCCGAUGAUGCUUGGGGCGGGUUUGCAGCCAGGUACAUCGACCGAUUGAGGGACGAGUUUGGUAAGAAGAGCAUCUGGACUUUUGCAUCAGAGAGCGGCGGAAAGCUCGAUCGAGGAAAGCAGUAUCUCAGAGCAAAGAAUUCUGCAAAAACUCUUUGUGAGCUGUCAAGUCAGUCGACUGCAUACAUUCCAAUCUCAAAGCCUCCGGUGAAGCAUCCGCAUUAUGUAAACUUGAAUAUGCCAUCAGAGUGGCACCUCUCGGCUUUAACUUCAGUGGCCGUAGAAAGUGUAACGUUACCAGCGCGGCUUCGCUGGCAUGAAGGAUUGGAGCCCUGGUUGCUUGAUAAUGCAAGUCCACAACGCAUAUUCACAUUACGCGCCACCAUAAGGACGGAGGACUCGGAGCACAGCUUUGCCAGUCGCUUGAAUGAUUUGACAGAAAAUAAAGUUGGUGAAGGCAGACAUGAUGACAUAGAGAAUUCAGAACGGCAGUUGGAUUUGAAUUUCUCCUCGAUUGGCUCAACUACUCCGGAGAAGACGCAUUUCUUCAGCCGGGUCCAGGUGGACCGUGAUUCGAGAUACGGUGACAGCGAGCGCAAGCAGAAAACGGUUGGUCAAGGCCUCACUGCUCAACGACUUUCAUCAUGGACCGGAUAUAAUCCCAGCGUCUUGAGCUAUUUCCAAACCCCGUUGGAAUUCCCCAUUCUUGAUUCUUUCCCGCCGGACUUGAUUCGCAGGCAACCUCCAGGAAGAUCUACGCUCGGGGUUCAUGUUGCAUUAUCUGCAACCAGUGGCAUCGGCAAGGACCUCAAGAACCUGCAACAGGUCGUCGGACGACGAAUCGCCGUUGAAGAAAGAGAGGAUCUGAUCAAUGGGUUGAAUGAGCUGUCAGAGGCAUAUCAGGCGCGCUGGGAAAACGACUCUGAUUCCGGGGAUGACUGA